AUGGGCCUCCAGCACACCAAACACUCCGAAGUCAAGCAAGCGAAUAUCCUGAUGUUAGGACUUGAUUCUGCAGGAAAAUCUACACUGUUGUACAAGUUCAAGUACAAAGAUGUUUUUCUAACAGUUCCAACAAUUGGCUUUAACGUUGAUAUGAUUGACACCAGGAAAGAUUUUACACUGACGUUUUGGGAUGUCGGAGGACAACAGAAAAUGAGACGAUCUUGGUGCAAUUUCCUGGAGAACGCAGACGGACUGCUGUACGUUGUCGACAGCUCUGAUAAGCGGCGUCUGGAAGAAUCAAAGAAAGAAUUUGAACUCAUUUUAAAGAAUGAAUUUCUCAAAAGCGUACCGGUCAUCGUGCUGGCAAACAAGCAGGAUUUGCCUGGAGCUUUGAACGCGGAGGAAAUAACCAGGAGAUUCAACGUGAAGAAGCACUGCAGCAACAAAAAUUGGUAUGUGCAGCCCUGCUGUGCCAUCACAGGAGCAGGUUUGUCAGAAGCUCUCCAAAGACUCACCACAUUUGCAAAACACUACAUCAGAGCAAAGGAGACUUCCACAACUUUUAAGGAAAUUGAAACACUUUAA